AUGCUAUGCCCGAGCGCGGGUCCUGGUCAAAGUGGAGGCACACUCUGUCUGCCACUCUGCCUUCUCUCUUUCCUCCCACACCACGUUGACAUCUUUAACUCGACCCGGGUCGGUUAUCGGUGUCGGCAGUGACUGUCCUAUCUUGUGCGCUUGCUUGUGUACACUGCAUACGCUGAGGUAGUCCUCUCCCACAUCCUCCUCCCGCAUCAUCACCUGCGUGGACCACCAGCCGCGGGCGACGACGAGGUCGGCGCAACGAGCUGAAGAAAACCAUCAAACGGCCAUCAACUGACUUGCCCUGCCCAUCAAGAACCCAGCAUCGCUUGUCCGGCUCUUCUGCGCCGCCGCCCCGAACACUUCGUCCUGCCUUUGCGCCAGCGACAGCGAGGGUGGCGCGACCCAACAUCAUCACCCCAAAUCGUUCCUGUUUCGACCCACAUACAUUGCACUAUCCUUCACGAGUGCCAAAAGAGUCGUACAUUCGGGUCAUGGACCUUGGAAGCAUGCUGUCCAGUGGAAGUCCCAACAGCGCUGGCGCAGUCGAUAUGAAGAGGCAGAUCCACCAGCAUAAUUCUGUCUGCAAUGGCACAUCAGGCUCAGAAACCCAUGCCGAUACAAAGAACAACGCUGCCGGUAUGCAUCGCUCUCUUCGAGGCCAGCAUGGCGCUGCCACCUCAUCUCGCCAUGCUCGAGGUUCGCCCGCCAAGAGAGAUCAGAAACAUGUUCUGUUCAGACUCAUCGACCAGAAAGAUCCUCGCAUACAAGCGCGACUACCGAUGCGGGUCAUGAUAUCACCGCAUGAUACCACAGAGUCGAUCAUCACUACUGUCAAGAACUUCUACGGGCUGUAUGAGUAUGGCGUCAGCUUCGAGAACGAAGAUGGCAUCAGCAUCAUCGCAGCCGCAGACAACUUCGACAACGAUAUGACAGUCUAUGUUCGGACAGUUGCGCCGCCCCCGGCGCCUACGAGCGAGCAUGCACGAGACUCGGCCUCGCCAAAAAAGCUGACGCUCGGCGCGCCUUUCGAGAUGCGCCCGCCGACGCUGAGCAAUGCUCAGUCACCUUCGCGGUCUGCAGCUCGGUCUGCUGGAGUUCGUAGCGUGUCUCCACACUCCGAACUUGGGCGUCGCAGUGCCUCUGCUGCCCCCAACGGCAAGGCCAAGAUCCACAGGACGAAAAGUAGAGACAAUGGCCUUUCGGGGGACAACGAUGGAUAUAGCAGCGCCGAUAACGACAAUGGCUCAGUCGCCAGCUCUAGACGCUCGAAAGCAGAGGAGAUCAAGGCUGAUAUUACUAUCGACAACAUUGUCGAGGGAGGUCGUAGGAAGCGAGCGUUCGAGAGCUCGGAACUGCCUCUGUUCGUUCCCCCACAGGUACCAAUGAGUGCAUCGAUAUCAUCAAUCUCUCCUCAGCGCCGCGCAGGAGCCAACAUGGCUUCGCCGUACACUCAUUCAAACCAGCACACUUUUUCGUACCAGCAGCCCCUCCCGUCGCCUCAAAGCUACAGCAAUGGCAUUGGGAGCAUGCAACCACCAUUCCCUGCCAACCCAUAUCAGUCUGUACCACAACAACCAAGCAGACAGUUACGUGGUGGUAGGGUCAGUGGCGCUAGUCACUCAUCGCACCGCAACUCGAAUGGCGUACUGCCAACACCAGACCCAACGAUCGGCAGCGUCAUAUCUGAUGAAGAUGUUGCGCUACAAUUGAUGAGGCUCGGCGACCCAAGCGCCUUCUCGCAUGGACGGACCUCAACUUCGACCAUGGACGACGCCCUCAGCGGCAAGGCUGAUGCAGCGUCUUCGGAUGAGGAAAGUGAAGACGACGAAAUGAUUGAGCCAGAGGGGCGAGUGCCGGCUGUGCCAGCAUUCCCAAGGUACGAUGAAGGCCCUAUCCGGAAGAAGCAGCGGACCGACAAUGAGUUGCCAAGUGAUGGAACCAGUGGCGAAGAUUACGACGACCAACGCGACGGCAACUUUGGCAGUGACGGAAUGGACGUUGACGGCCAACGCAGACCACUCAAGGCAAAGAUCAAGUCUCGGAAAGAGGCCGCAAUGUCAAUGGGGAAAGUAAGCAAACCUCGUCAGCUCUCCAUCUCGAAGACGAAGAAGGCUGCUGUUGCCAAUCCCAAAAUUCCAAUGUCGCCGGCGUCAUUGCCAUCGCAAUCAAGGAAGGCAUCCAUUGCGUCUACGAUCAACUUUCAGCAUCAACUCGGCGCCGAUGAGGAAGAUUUGUCUUCCAAGCCUCGAUGCCAGAGAUGUCGCAAGAGCAAGAAAGGUUGCGACCGCCAACGUCCAUGUGGUCGUUGCAAGGACGCUGGAAUCGGCGUCGAAGGCUGCGUCAGCGAAGAUGAGGGUAACGGCCGGAAAGGCAGAUAUGGACGACACAUGGGUGUCACAAUCAAGAAGGGUGGCGACAGUGCCAUUGAUGACAUGUCGCCACCUCCUCCUCCCCAAAUGCAUGGCGCGAAGGGCUCCUUCUUAGCACCUGCGAUCCCAAGUGCAGACAAGAAGCGCAAGCGGUAGCACCUGAGCGUGCGAACCACACCGGUUUACCAAGAGAUUCGCGAAACGACAUUAAACGGCUGUGACAACGAUCAAAGAACGAAAUGAAACGUCACGGCCGCACCUCUCGGACGGACGGACGGCGUUAGUAUAUAAGUGAUCGGCUAAUGAUACGAUGGUAUGGCUUUUCUAUGUUGACUGCCACUUGCUGCGUUCCUGCUGGUCGAUUUACAAGAAAGGGGAAGAGUAAGAAGUUCAAUACUGGAAAAAAGAGCAAGACGGCGUUCAAUUUUCUGCGUUCGAAAGGCUUUUGCAAAAAAGGAGCGUUUGCGAUGAAUGCAUAGAGGUUUGUCCAGGCGUGGAACUCGGAUGAGAAUGAGAAUGAUGGGAUUUUAAAAUGGCGACGGAUGCAUUGAAGCCCUCUUUUAGUCCUUCGUUGACAAUGUAGAUCGUCUGCAAUGUCAAAGAAUCUGUUCAUCGUGGAGCAAUG